AUGCAGCUGGAAGGUUUGAUGGGCCUCUGGAAACUGGCGGAAACGAACCCAGAAUCCAGUGUACGGCAGGUGAAGAUGACAGAGAUCAUGGAUCGUGGGUCAAAGUCUGACGUCUGGUAUGCCCACAAAGUCCCGAGCUUCCGCUUUCUUUCUGGGCAGGAUCUGCCAGAAGGUGCAAUCUACGGAAUGGAAUACAAGACAGUCAUCCUCACCCCGCAGAAGUUUCUUCUUUGGCUUUACGACCGUUUACAGAAGCGAGGCAUUGAGUUUCGUCGAACAAGAGUCUCUGCUCUGGCUGACUUGAAGGGUCUUGGUCACGACGUGUUGAUCAAUGCCACUGGAAUCGGCGCCGAAACACUUGAAGAUGUCCAAGAGAAGAACCUGGUUAUGAAUCGACUCCAAUGCGUUGUUGCGAAGGCCCCGGAUACCUACAAUCAGCUUUUCAUUCGCCGAGGCCAUGGGGGCUACUACUCAACUGCCUUUUCUCGCGGGGAUGGCACAGUCUACUGCGGUGGUGUUCUUACACAAGGAGACCGAAGCCUUGCAGUGUCUGAGGACCAGAGAAAUACAUACGAGUAA